CUGAGGGACUCGAUACGUGUGAGUUGAAGCUCGGUCGGCCGGUGACACGCAGCGGAUCACCGGGACUGUGUUUGCACGGCGUCGCAGAAUAACGUGGCUCACGGAGACACCUGAACUUCUUCAUCCAAGAUGAUGUGCGAGGUGAUGCCCACCAUCAGUGAGGCCGAAGGGCCCGGUGGGAUCGGCAGCAGCGGCCGACGGGGCUCCGGCUCCCCGCUGCAGUCUGACUCAGAGGGUCACUUUGAGUCGCUGAUGGUGUCCAUGCUGGAGGAGCGGGAUCGUCUUCUUGAGACUCUGAGGGAGUCUCAGGAGAACCUGGGCUUGACGCAGGGCAAACUGCACGAAGUGAGCCACGAAAGAGACUCGCUGCAGAGACAACUCAACACUGCUUUGCCGCAGGAGUUUGCCGCACUGACAAAGGAGGUGAACGUGUGCCGGGAGCAGCUUCUGGAGAAGGAGGAGGAGAUCGCAGAGCUGAAGGCAGAGAGAAACAACACACGGCUGCUGCUGGAGCACCUGGAGUGCUUGGUGUCUCGUCACGAGCGCAGUCUGAGGAUGACAGUGGUGAAGAGACAGGCUCAGUCUCCUGCAGGGGUCUCAAGUGAAGUGGAGGUCCUCAAAGCCCUUAAGUCACUUUUCGAACACCACAAAGCCCUCGAUGAGAAGGUGCGAGAAAGACUACGUGUUGCUCUGGAAAGAUGCAGCGCAUUGGAGGAGCAGCUCACCCUCUCGCACAAAGAACUGGCGUACCUCAGGGAGCAGAGCAGCCAGAAGAGGGGGCUGGCUGAUGGAACCAGCGAGGUCAACCACAACUCUGAAAACACACCGAGCACUAACGGCAAGCGGUCGUCGGACGGUUCGCUGAGUCAGGAGGAGGAGUCGUUAACUGGGUUCGGGAAGGUCUGUGAGCUCCAGGAGGUGGUGGAACGUCAGACCACCGAUCUGGGCCAGAUGAAGGAACGCAUGGCUGCCAUGGUGUCGCGCAUCAAUGAGCUGGAGGAGGACCUGGACACGGCCCGAAAGGACCUAAUCAAGUCCGAAGACAUGAACACACGGCUACAGAGAGAUCUGAGAGAGUCACUAGCUCAGAAAGAAGAUAUGGAGGAGAGGAUCACCACCCUGGAGAAGCGCUACCUGGCAGCUCAGCGGGAGGCAACCUCCGUCCAUGACCUCAACGACAAGCUGGAGAAUGAAGUGGCCAACAAGGAGUCCCUCUUCAGACAAACUGAGGACAGAAACAGGCAACUCCAGGAGAAGCUGGAGCUGGCGGAGCAGAAGCUGCAGCAGACCAUCCGCAAGGCAGAGACUCUGCCUGAGGUGGAGGCCGAGCUGGCCCAGAGGGUCGCCGCCCUCACCAAGGCAGAGGAACGUCACGGCAACGUGGAGGAGAGACUGAGGCAGCUGGAGGCUCAGCUGGAGGAGAAGAACCAGGAGCUGGUCAGGGCACGGCAGCGAGAGAAGAUGAACGAGGAGCACAACAAGCGUCUGUCGGAGACGGUGGACAAGCUCCUGUCCGAGUCCAACGAGAGGCUCCAGCUGCACCUCAAAGAGAGGAUGUCUGCUCUGGAGGAUAAGAACGCCCUCAUUAGAGAACUGGAUCACACCAAGAAGCUCAUUGAGGAGUCUCACCACGAGAAGGAGCAGCUCCUGAUCCAGAUUGAGACCAUGAGAGCAGAGAACGAGCAGGGAAGGAGCAGGAGCAACUCCUUGUUACACGGACGCUCUCAGCUGGGCAGCACUCCAGAUUUCAGGUAUCCAGUGUCGGCGUCCUCGCUGAUGGACAGUAACUCGGACCAUUACGGCAGUGCUCUUGUGCUGAGGCGACCUCAAAAGGGACGAGUGUCAGCGCUCCGUGACGAGCCAUCCAAGCGACAUGUGCAGACUCUGAACGAGCAGGAGUGGGAGCGGAUGCAGCAGGCCAACGUGCUGGCAAAUGUGGCCCAGGCCUUUGAGAGUGACAUGGACGCCUCGGACCUGGAGGAGGACAGAGAGACGAUUUUCAGCUCAGUGGACCUGCUGUCCCCUGGUGGCCAGGCUGACGCACAGACCCUCGCCUUAAUGCUGCAGGAGCAGCUGGAUGCUAUCAACAACGAAAUCAG